CUCGGCGGGCCGGAACCCACGAGUUGGGGCUCCCCAGCCACACCCCUUGUAGGAUUUAAAGGGGAAGGAGGGGCCGGACGGGCCGGAGCCCGAGCCGAGGGAGCGGGUAUGAGGCGCUGCCCGUGCCGGGGGAGCCUGAGCGAGGCGGAGGCCGGCGCAUUGCCAGCCGAGGCCCGCAUGGGGCUGGAGGCGCUGCGAGGUGGGCGGCGGCGACAGCCGGGAUUGCAGCGCCCUGGGCCGGGAGCAGGUGGCCCGACGGGACGGCCAGAGGGGGGCGGUCCCCGGGCCUGGAUCGAGGGGUUCAGCCUGCACUCAGAGGCGGAGAGGACCGACUUCGGGCCUGCGCCGUGUCCGGACGGUCCACAGGCAGAACCCUGUGGAGACGAACACGAGGAGUGCGAAGCAGCUGGCCUAGGAGUUGCCUCGGAGAAGCCCAGCCAAAAUAAGGAGCUAGACGGGUCCAACCUCCAGACACAUCCAAAACUGAGCAGCCCCCUGGCUGAGAUGGAGAUGGCCGGUUCCUGGACAGAUGGUUUUCGAACUGAUCUUCACAGACCUGACCUCCAGGCUCGGCCAAAGAGAGCCAGCCUCUGUACCCAACCAGGGUUUGAUGAAUCCUGGACCGAACUGGACAGAUCCGAGCUGUGGCAGACUCUACCAGAGAGGGACAAGCCCUGGGUUGAUCACCUCCGGACCCACCAAGACAUGUCCAGACUCCAAAAUCACCCAGCCUGCCCCUCACCAGAGCCAAGUGCUGGUACCUCCUGCAAAGAAUUGAGCGCAGAUGGUUCCAGGACACCACAUGACACCGAUGGCUUCUGGAUAGAGUCCCAAACUGAUGGCUCCCUCAUAGGACCUAGUACUCAGACAGCCUGCAGACAGCCUGCAAACGAUGGUUUUUCAGCACAGGACACUGACGGUACUUUGAUUCAACCUGGCACUGAUGAUGGUCCCUGGGUUGAUAGCGUUUUGGAGAAGUCCAAUGGAGAUGAUCCAUUAAUGGAACCAGAGCCCAGAGACUUGGUGACUAACCUGUGCUCCCACCUGGAGUGCAGCUCCCUGUGUCCUGUGCCCCGCCUUAUCAUCACCUCAGAGUCUCCUGAGCCUGGGGCCCAGCCGCUGGGACCCCAAGCCCGGAUUGAGGGGGGGACUGGCGGCUUCUCUUCUGCCUCCUCUUUUGACGAAUCUGAGGAUGACUUGGUGGCUGGGGGCGGAGGUACCAGCGAUCCUGAGGACAGAUCUGGAAGCAAGCCCUGGAAGAAGCUGAAGACAGUUCUGAAGUACUCGCCUUUCGUGGUCUCCUUCCAUAAGCACUACUACCCCUGGGUACAGCUUUCCGGACAUGCUGGGAACUUCCAGGCUGGUGAGGAUGGCCGGAUUCUGAAACGUUUCUGCCAAUGUGAGCAGCGCAGCCUGGAGCUGCUGAUGGGAGACCCCCUGCGGCCUUUCGUGCCCACUUAUUAUGGCAUGGUGCAGCGGGAUGGCCAGGCCUUCAACCAGAUGGAAGACCUCCUGGCCGACUUUGAGGGCCCCUCUAUCAUGGACUGCAAGAUGGGCAGCAGGACAUACCUGGAAGAGGAGCUGGUGAAGGCCCGGGAACGACCCAAACCCCGGAAAGAUAUGUAUGAGAAGAUGGUGGCAGUGGACCCAGGGGCUCCCACCCCAGAGGAGCACGCUCAGGGUGCGGUCACUAAGCCCCGAUACAUGCAGUGGAGGGAGACCCUGAGUUCAACUUCCACCCUGGGCUUCCGGAUUGAAGGCAUCAAGAAGGCCGAUGGGACCUGCAACACCAACUUCAAGAAGACACAGGCUCUGGAGCAGGUGACAAAGGUGUUGGAAGACUUUGUGAAUGGGGACGUUGGAAUCCUAAGAAAGUACGUGGCGCGACUGGAGGACCUUCGAGACACUCUGGAGAAUUCUCCCUUCUUCAAGACCCACGAGGUAGUGGGCAGUUCCCUGCUCUUUGUGCAUGACCACACCGGCCUGGCCAAGGUUUGGAUGAUUGACUUCGGCAAGACAGUGGCCCUGCCUGACCACCAGAUGCUCAGUCACAGGCUGCCUUGGGCUGAGGGCAACCGUGAAGAUGGCUACCUCUGGGGUUUGGACAAUUUGAUCUGCCUCCUUCAGGGCCUGGCCCAGAGCUGACGUCAGCUGCCACUGCUAGGCUCACUUGGGAGGAUAGCGAGUGUCUGGCUGGAAGAUGUUGUCUGGCCUGAGGCUGCUGAUGGAAGAUAAGGUGCCUCAAGGUGUCACCAGACCAGUAUGGUCUGAGGAGCUCGAGGAUCUCUGGCAGCACUGGGCUCCCCUAGGUUAUGGGAAACAAGACAGGUGGAGGCAUAGAGUUAGCAGAAUGUGAAUGGGGAAUCCUGAUCAGCUAGGAAAGCAUCUAAGGGAGUACCAGAGGCCACAGCUGGAAGAAUGAACAUUUCCCUGAGUCGGCUCUGAGCCUAGAGCCGACAGGUUGGCUUUGUUCCCCAGAGGACCAGGCAUCAUUUGUGAAGACUACAGGAACUACUUGUCCACCUGGGCCAGUGACAGCCCCAUCCUAGUGCUGAGAGGAGGGUGUGGCCUCCUGGGAUACUUGCUGAGGCUGCCCAAGGCCUAAUGCUCCUGUGGGGCCAGCUUGCCCUCCUUGCCAGGACAGAAGAUUCCUCUCUGUUCCUUUGUGGACUUUGAGCUACUGCAGACCCAGAACGCAGCCAUAUGCACUGGGCCAGCACUGUGAUCAUCUUCCUUCCUUGGUGCACCAGCUCCAGCCUCAGCACCUCCUCCUCCUGUCCCUGACACCUGGGCUCUUGUCUUAGCAAAGUCCAGUGACAGGAAGGCAUUUCUGAGGCAAGGGAGGAGGCUUCUCCUUGGGAAACAGCCAGCCUUGCCUCACUGUGUAAGUGCCCUGACUCACACACAGAAUGACGUGCCAGGUUGCCCAGAAGCACAAGUGGGUGGGGCUGUUGGCCCUAACCGUGGACUACCUGGUUCUAACCAAAGACUCUAGACCUCUAGGGUGGGGUAGAUAGAAAGCACCCUGUCCCUGUGCCCCAGCACUGCUCCAGAACCUUGGCUUCCUGGCCCACACCGAUGGGCUGGCAAGGACAGGAACCUACCUCUUCUCUAAGCUGAAGCCCUAAGGUCGUCAAGGCUGGCUGACACGUCUUCCUUUUUUACUGACUGACUUAUAGAUAUAUAUUUAUACGAGGUAGUUAGCUGGGGUGGUGGUGUCAGGGAAUCGAGGCAAAAUGACUUUACUGUACCUCCUGCCUACAACAGCACCCCAAUAAACAGGACAAAGUCAA